UGGGUAUCAGUUUGGUUUUAAAUUAAUCAAGAUCAUGGGAGAGAAUUAGUAUAAGGACAUUUUAUCGCUCAAAUAUAACUUCUUAUAGUUUUCUUCUGUCCAUCCCUCACCACAAUUCUGAGUACAAGAGUUUGAUCUCUCUCUUUCUAGCCUUCGUCAUCUCUAGUGACAUUCACUUCUACUCUAGUCACCUAUGACCAUGGCCACUUUCUGGAGACUAUAGUCUCUUAGAGCUGAAAUCGCAAAUUCAAACAUACUUCUCUUAAUCUACAACUUACAUUCUUUUUCAAAGGGCUUCAAUCACCAUUUAUACCAAUAAAUUCCAAAUUUGUCUCUGCAGCCCAAACCCCUUUCCUCAACUUCAUUUAUGUAAUGAAAGACCAUUUGAUCAUUUAUAUAACUAUUUAUAUGGAUGCUCUUAUACACUUCAAAUUCAAUAUGUUUUAAGUUAAAAUUUUCCCUUCCUCAAAAAUGAAAGAUCUUCUCCAGCUCUAUACCUGUUUCUCUCUUCUCCUCUUCCUGUGUUUACUUUAUUAGUUAACAGCACCAACACACAUUCAGUUCCCUAAGCUGAAAAAAAGUACAUUUACUUUCACUUUCACUCCUUACCCCAGUCCCUCUAUGUCUGAUGUAUCACCACAUCCGAUGUAUUUUAUCUUCAUCGUUCUAAUAUAACCCCAUUACUGCAUUUCUAGUUGAGGCCAAUAUCAUCUCUUACCUGUAUUAAUGAAACAACUUCUAAUCAGUCUGUAGCCUGUAGUCUUACUCCUUUCAUUUAUUCUCAAUUCUGAAAUAGGAUGAUCUUUUGAAAAAUAAAAAGAUGGUCAUGUCACUUUUCUAUUUAAAACCCUUUAAUAAUCUUGUAUUUCCACUGAUGUGAGUCCAAAUGCCUUAGCCUGGCUUACAAAAUAUUUGCUGAUCUUUCCAAUCUUAACUCUUUUUCCUCUUCACUCCAUGGCUCAGCCAUAUUGAUCCUAUUUCAAUUCUUCCAAAACACUUUUGUCAUUUUGAUUUUGCACAAUCGUUUUUAGUUUGCCUGAAAAUUUUACCCUACACCCAAUUUUUGUUUGGAUUACUUAUACUCAUCUUUCAUGCAUCAAUUUAGAAUAUAGUUUUUCCAGAAAAGUCUUUCCUGUACUUCCAAAUUCUGGUUAGAAGACCCUUAUCUAUGCUCUUAUAGUAGCAUGAAUUUUUUGCUAUCAUCACAUUCCUUAUGCUCUAUUUUUAGUGUGUGAUCACUUUUCUGCCUCCAACUUUCAAGACAAAACUAUGUCUGUCUGUUUACCACUCUGUCCCUAACAUUCAUCACCAUACCUAGCACAAAGUAUAUCUUCAAUAAAUAUUUGCUGAACAAAUUAAUGAAUGGGUAAAUAAAAUAUUUAGAAUUAUGCCUCUAGAAGGCCUGUGACUGCAAAAUGGAAAUCAGAUCCACAACUAAACUAAGGUCUAGUUUUUUCAACUUUUUUUUAAAUGUUGUCAGAAACAGGACAUAUCUUACUUUAUUCACUACUGUUGAGCAUUUACUUUUUAUUGUGAUCCUAAAUAAAUGUACCAUUUACCCAGCUUGAAAUGUCCAGCCUCCCCAAAACAACUAUUUGCAUAUACCAGGUUCAGUUUCAAGUGCAUGACCUUAUUGUUACUGUCUUUUCUAAGAGUACUUGCUGGCAGCUAGCGACAACUAAGACCUCUGUUUUCUAUUUCCAGUUUUCCGGGGAACCUCUUGCUCACUCAGUCAAUUACAUAAAGGAGUCCUCUUAACUAUUUUUGGUUGUUUUAUAUAUUGUUUUCACAGAGAGAUUGUAAUUUAUUUGAGGUUGGGGCUAUAUCUUAAAUAUGCUUUUUAUAUCCACCACAGCUCUAGCAGAUUGUGGUUUAUUGUGUUAUUGACUGAAUAGUAUUAGCAUCACAUACCACAAAGAAUGCAACUCAGAAAAUAGAAAUAUAGAAGAAAAUAUAAUUAAAAUUCAUCAACAAACACACAAGAUAAAUUAAUAUUUUGCCUCAAACUUGUUUGACUUUGUUUAAAACAUGAGAAUCUGUAGAGUCGCGUGGUGGCGCUGCAGGAUAAGACCGGGAAAUUUUUGAACCAUCUGAAGCCCUGGCUUCCAUUAACCAGUGGAACUGAGAGCGCUGAAGAAGCAGGGAGGAAAAGGGUGGCUUUCAAGAGAAAGCCAGGCAGCCAACACCACCCUCGCGACAGGAUUUCAAGUCUAUAGAUUCCCAAAGGUCCUGGCUGAUAGAUGAGAGGAGCCAUUCCCAAAGCUGUUUGAGAUUGAGCUGAAACAUUUCCGCAGAAAGACGUUUGGCUAAAGAGUCAUGGAGCCGGGAGAGGGGAUCCCUCAGCAGAUAAGGCAAGUGCUGCUUUUCUUUGUUUGCCUGGGAGGGUCUUUGGUGUGUUCAGAGACUUGGCGCUAUUCUGUGGCAGAAGAAACAGAGACCGGCUCCUUUAUAGCUAACGUGGUGAAAGACAUAGGUUCAGGUGUGGAAGACCUGGCUGCUCGGAAUGCCAGAGUCAUCUUUGACGAUUAUAAACCAUACUUGUGGUUGGAUCCGCAGACAGGCAACUUGCUCUUAAAUGAGCAACUGGACCGGGAAGCACUUUGUGAUCUCACAGAGCCAUGUAUAUUGUAUUUCCAGGUAUUACUUGAAAAUCCGUUGCAAUUUUUUCGGGCUGAGCUUUGGGUCAGAGACAUAAAUGAUCACACUCCCACAUUCCUAGAUAAAGAUAUACUUGUGAAAAUCCCAGAAGGAACUGCUCCAGGAACCUCAUUCCAAAUGCAGAGUGCUCAGGACUUGGAUGUAGGAAAGAAUGGUGUCCAAAAUUAUACAUUAAGUCCCAACCCCCAUUUCCACCUCAAAUUAGAAGACAGCGAUGAGGGCAGAAAAUACCCAGAGCUGGUAAUGGAUCAAUUUCUGGAUCGAGAAAAGGAGCCUGAGCUUAGAUUAACGCUAACAGCCUUGGACGGCGGGUCUCCGCCCAAGUCAGGAACUGCAGUGGUUCGUGUUUUGGUUUUAGAUAUCAAUGACAAUGCCCCAGAGUUUGAGAGACCCGUCUAUAAGGUUCAGGUACCAGAAAACAGCCCUCUGGACUCCUUGGUCGUCAAGGUGUCUGCUACAGAUUUAGAUGCAGGAAUAAAUGGAGAACUAUCUUAUUCAUUUUCCCACGUCUCCAGAGACAUACGGAAAACAUUUGAAAUCCAUCCAAAUUCUGGCGAAGUCCAUUUAAAAGCACUUCUGGAUUUCGAGUUAAUUCAGUCUUAUGUAAUAAACAUUCAGGCCAUUGACGGUGGGAGCCUCUCGGGGAAAUCAACAAUUUUAGUUCAAGUCGUAGAUGUGAAUGACAACCCACCAGAAAUAGUCAUAGCAUCUCUUACCAGCCCCAUACCGGAGAAUUCAACACCUGAGAUGGUGGUCGCUGUUUUUAGUGUUCGAGACCAAGACUCAGACGACAACGGGAGGAUGGUUUGCUCAAUUCAGGACAAUCUCCCCUUUCUCCUGAAGCCCACUUACAAGAAUUUCUACACCCUGGUAACAGAGCGUCCACUGGAUAGAGAGACCAGAACCGAGUACAACAUCACCAUCACCGUCACCGACUUGGGGACCCCCAGGUUGAAAACCCAGCACAACAUAACCGUGCUGGUCUCCGACGUCAACGACAACGCCCCGGCCUUCACCCAAACCUCCUACACCCUGUUCGUCCGCGAGAACAACAGCCCCGCCCUGCACAUAGGCAGCGUCAGCGCCACCGACAGAGACGCGGGCGCCAACGCCCAGGUCACCUACUCGCUGCUGCCGCCACAGGACCCGCACCUGCCCCUGGCCUCCCUGGUGUCCAUCAACGCCGACAACGGGCAGCUGUUCGCCCUGAGGGCGCUGGAUUACGAGGCCCUGCAGGCCUUGGAGUUCCGCGUGGGCGCCACGGACCGCGGCUCCCCUGCGCUGAGCAGCCAGGCGCUGGUGCGCGUGCUGGUGCUGGACGCCAACGACAACUCGCCCUUCGUGCUGUACCCGCUGCAGAACGGCUCUGCGCCCUGCACCGAGCUGGUGCCCAGGGCGGCCGAGCCGGGCUACCUGGUGAGCAAGGUGGUGGCGGUGGACGGAGACUCGGGCCAGAACGCCUGGCUGUCGUACCAGCUGCUCAAGGCCACGGAGCCCGGGCUGUUCGGCGUGUGGGCGCACAACGGCGAGGUGCGCACGGCGCGGCUGCUGAGCGAGCGCGACGCGGCCAAGCACAGGCUGGUGGUGCUGGUCAAGGACAACGGCGAGCCGCCGCUGUCGGCCAGCGUCACGCUGCACGUGCUGCUGGUGGACGGCUUCUCGCAGCCCUACCUGCCGCUCCCGGAAGCGGCGGCCGACCCGGCCCAGGCCGACCCGCUCACGGUCUACCUGGUCAUCGCGUUGGCGUCGGUGUCGUCGCUCUUCCUGUUCUCGGUGCUGGCGUUCGUCGCGGCGCGGCUGUGCAGGAGGGUCAGGGCCGCCUCGCUGGGUGGCUGCUCGGUGCCCGAGGGCCACUUUCCGGGCCAUCUGGUGGACGUCAGCGGUACUGGGACCCUUUCCCAGAGCUACCAGUAUGAGGUAUGUCUGAUGGGAGGCUCUGGGACCAACGAGUUCAAGUUCCUUAAACCUGUCAUCUCCAACCUCCCGCAGCUCAGCACUGAAAGGGAGCAAAGCCACACCUUUCUGAAUGGCUUUGGUUUCAAUUAGGGAUUUGAUUAUUAUGCUAAACUUUUAGAAUGAGUGCCAUUUCUUUGUAAAAUUUAUUCAUUGUAGUGUAAUAUCCUUCUCAUUUGGGUAACUUUACUUAAGAGUUUUCAGAAAUUUCAAUAAUUUAAGUCUAUUUUCUGCUCUCGAUAUUAUGAAAAGGGAGCUAGAAUUUGCUUAGUUCUUCUUCCAAAAUGCAACCCCAAAUAAUUUAUUCAAAUAUACAGCAUUUUUCCUUGAAGCUUAAUUGUACACUCAGCUCAGUCGUAUUCUCUGGGUAUUGUGGGCCCUAGAUCCUCACCAAAACAGUUUUUUUGUUUGUUUGUUUGAUAGUAGUAUUAUAGAGGAAAAUGCACGGUAUGAAUAAAAACAUAAUUGCUUUGUCAUCUGGUUAGGUUGGGUUUUAAUCUGUUAUCUUUUAAAAAUUUUUUUUAAAGUAUAAUCAAUCUUUCCAUUCUACUCUUCUGCAAAAUAUUUCAGAGAAAUUUUUCUGCAUUUAGUUAUUUUUCUGCAUAAAUAUUUUGUGAACUGUAUACAUUGCCGGUACGUGUUGUAUUAAAAUAAAUUCUGAUCUUGUUUGGAUGAAGGUAUAUAUUCAGACCACAUUUCUUAUCUUCAAACUUCCUGGUACUACCCAAGAGAGGUAAUCACUAUGAAGAUGUUUCUCUAUUUUUUUUUUUACCUCUCUUGACAAGUUUUGAGUGGCCCAGUAAUAGACUCCAGAUUGAAGCAGGAAUAGCCACAUUCUCUAAACCCUAAAAUUGGCAAUUAAGGUUUAGUGUAUCUAGUUUUUCCUUGCUUGCUUGUAAAUAGGAAAUAAAUGUUAAACAUGGGAUAAAAUAGCUUUGUUUAUUCCUGUGUCGGCUGACAGCACCGAAUGGCA